CGAGCUGCUGACCUGAGCUCCCCCUGCCACCCCGACCGGAAGGAAUAGGGAACAGGGGACAAUAGGUGAUUAGGAAACAAACUAUUUACCAGUGUGUCGUGCUGUUUCUUCAGGCCACCUUUCCAAAAAAUCUCCAGUAGGCUGCCCAGCAGUGGCCAGUUGGUGGGUCCAGGCUGCAGAAGACGUGAAUGUUACUUUCGAAGAUCAGCAAAAAAUAAACAAAUUUGCUCGGAAUACGAGUCGAAUCACAGAGCUAAAGGAGGAAAUAGAAGUGAAGAAGAAACAUCUCCAGAACUUAGAGGACGCCUGUGAUGACAUCAUGCUGGCAGAUGACGACUGCUUAAUGAUUCCCUACCAGAUCGGAGACGUUUUCAUCAGCCACUCUCAAGAAGAAACACAGGAAAUGUUAGAAGAUGCAAAGAAAACUUUGCAAGAAGAGAUUGAUGCCUUAGAGUCCAGAGUGGCGUCCAUCCAGCGGGUGUUAGCCGACCUGAAGGUGCAGCUAUACGCGAAAUUUGGCAGCAACAUAAACCUCGAGGCAGAUGAAAGCUAAACAUUUUAUAAUACUUUUUUUUUAUCUUGUUUUAAUAAACUUGAAUAUUGUCUUAAAUGAUAAUUUCCCUUCUCCAAAUGAAACAAAAGGAAAACUUUCUUUUUUAAGAAUUUUCAUUUAAUUAAUGGAAACGCCUAUUUUCACAUGUCUUGCUUAUUUAUUUUAUAUUUUUAAAAGAAGACAGUGUUCAUGUAUGUAUUUUGCAUAAUGAUUGUAUCAAUUUUAGGAGCUUUAUGUCAUGUUAUUAAAAUCGGUUAAACAGU